CGCAGUGGGCAGAACAAGAAGUUUUUUGGGGCGACCCGAAAUUGAUUUAGUAAACAAACAAACGACUUGACACUUAUAAAAAGUGUAUUUCGUAUGGCGAAUUCUUAUGGUUUUUAUUCUUAAUCAUCGUUCGUCUUAAGUGAUCACACGAAACGAUUUUCAGGACGUUAAAAGUCACAGUGUGAACCGGAGGGGUCACGUUGCAGCCAUUUUCGCAGUGUGGGAGGUUUUAGCGAUACUACUUAAGGAGUUGCUAGCCAGCUAACUAGUUGUUGGCGACUUGAGGGAAAUGAGUUUCAGUUGCCGGAGACGGCUUGGGAGUGGAUCUCCAAAGAUGGGCCCUGUUCGGCAAAAAUUAGAAUUUACACCAAGCGAUGGAGAAGAGGAGACCGUUGAAGAGGACGGAAACAACAGCACAGGAGCCGAGUCGGGUUUUACCGAAAUAGACUCUCCUUUGCAGCAGCGGCGGCAGAAAUCGGCGGAGAAUGGACGCGAAGAUGGCGAUGUGGAGUUCUGGGACGAAGAGGGUUUCGGAUCACCCUCCCCCUUGAAACAGCCACGGGUUAUCGUCAAGGGAUCCCCGUCUCCGAGGAAGAGCCCCCGGUCGUACGACAGCUCUUCUCCGGAGAUGUACCGUCGGGAGGACAGAGAGGGAUCGAGCUCUCCUAUUCCGGAUUGCCCCGAUACACCUCCGCAUAAAACUUUUAGAAAACUCCGGCUGUUUGAUACGCCACACACCCCAAAGAGUUUGUUGUCCAGAGCACGGACAGUGGGCACGGGAUCUUCGAGCAGGAGAGUUGCCCUCUUCAAGAAUGUGGAUUCCACUAGGAAGCCCAACCCAGACUGCAAAUGGAACCAGACACCCCGCAUCAAUAUCAACCCAUUUACACCGGACUCGCUGCUAAUCCAGUCUGCAACCCUUCAGAGGAACACCAGGAAGAGAUCCCAUUGGAAUGACUCCUGUGGGGAAGAUAUGGAAGCAAGUGAUGCUGAAUUUGAAGAUGAAGUCAUUCCUCCAAAGAGGAUAACCAUGAUGGAAAGCAACAUGACGUCCCGAUAUGCCACAGAGUUUCAUGAGCUUGAGAAGAUUGGAUCAGGAGAGUUUGGGUCUGUGUUCAAGUGCGUGAAAAGGCUAGAUGGUUGCAUCUACGCCAUCAAACGCUCCAAGAAACCUUUGGCUGGCUCUGUAGAUGAGCAGAAUGCUCUCAGAGAAGUGUACGCCCACGCAGUGCUGGGACAGCACCCCCACGUGGUCAGGUAUUACUCUGCGUGGGCGGAGGAUGACCACAUGUUAAUACAGAACGAAUAUUGCAAUGGUGGCACGCUCUCUGAUGUCAUAACGGAGAACUACAGGACCAUGCGCUUCCUGUCCGAGCUGGAGCUAAAGGAUCUGCUGCUUCAGGUCUCACGUGGCCUGAAGUACAUCCACUCAACAUCACUGGUCCACAUGGACAUAAAGCCAAGCAACAUUUUCAUAUCUCGAAAGGCAGUCUCAUGCGUAGAUGAGUAUGAUGAAGAUGAAGGACUGACUAGCAGCGUUGUAUACAAAAUAGGUGAUCUUGGUCAUGUGACAAGGGUAAAUAACCCUCAAGUUGAGGAGGGUGACAGCAGGUUCCUGGCUAAUGAGGUUCUACAGGAAGACUACAGGAAUCUCACUAAAGCAGAUAUCUUCGCCCUGGCAUUGACAGUGAUUAGUGCAUCCGGAGCAGAACCCAUGCCUACCAAUGGUGAAAAGUGGCAUGAAAUUCGGCAAGGAAAACUACCCAAGAUACCCCAAGUGCUCUCUCAGGAAUUCCUAAGUCUGCUAAAACUGAUGAUCCACCCCGACCCGGAGCGGAGGCCGUCUGCCUCGGCCCUCAUCAGGCACCCCGUGCUCCUCACGGCCUCCAGGAUGAGCGCGGAGCAGCUGCGUGCCGAGCUCAACGCAGAGAAGUUCAAAAACGCCCUCCUGCAGAAGGAGCUGAAGAAGGCCCAGAUGGCCAAAGAGGCAGCAGAGGAGAAGGUGCAGUCCACAGGCAGAGUGCUGACGCGCUCCACCGUCCAGUCCAGCAGCAGAGCGUCCAGGCUCAUCGGCAAGAAGAUGAACCGCUCCGUUAGUCUGACCAUCUACUGAAAAGGACACAGUCCCCGUCUGUAGCAGGGACCCACAUUUGUGCCGAGCCACGGACUCUAUAUGCCUUUCAAAGCCUGGUGGAGUGACCCGAUGGACAAGUUGAGUUUAGGAGUCGGACAAGGCCAGACUUUAAUGCAUGUACUGCUGGGUACUUGUAACAUAGUUUUGAUCGAAGCUAAACCUAAAACUUUCCAAUCUCAAUCAAAAUUCUUCAGAGAUAAGGGAUAUUACUCCCUUACCACACCCCCACCCCUUCCAGCACUUGAGGAUUCUCCUUCUAAGUAGCAGUUUCGCUUGUUAAGUAAGGGGAAUAAUGUGCUGGAGCUUUGUCUUCAGUGUGAGGGUUUAAGACUGUUAAUAUUUGCACCUUAUGUUCUGGAAAGUACCUAAAGUCAUGUAGAACUGGAUCACCAGAUAAGAUGGGUAAGAAAAUGAGCACUUUGAAGGCAAUGGGCAAACUUGCCAGAUACAAUCUGCUGCUAUAAAUGUUUUGUCUCUAGCAAGGGUUGGAGGGGUUCAAAUUUCAGUUCAGAUGCCGUGCUUGAUAAAGCAGUGAUGCUUCUUGAUACAGACUGUGAAUAUUGUGGUUAUAUUUUGGAUGAUUUGCACCAUAAUGCAGUGCAAAGUUAUCCAUUCAUGGAUGAUUUUGUCAUCUAACUUUAACCAGUUCGCCCAAGUUCUCAUUACGUAACAAUUAUCAUUAUGUGGAAAAUGGGUUUACAGAAAUUAAGUGUUUAAUGGGGACAUGUUUAAAGCUCAUUUCCUUGGACUGGAUUGGACUUUAGACACUGUUCAUAACUUCAUGUAACACAACAGUCAUGCAGAAGGUUAUGUCGUAGUGUUUGUAGCUGGAUGUACAAAUGCGACUGUGUUUAUUUCCUCCAUCCGUCUCUCCAACCCUGACUGUAGCAUUAAAAUCAACCAUUGCAACGUUUGGUUUUCUUUAUGUGAAUAAUGCAUGUCUUCAUAGGUUGCACAAUCGGUGCAAGGAUACUGUAUGUUCGUCUGUCACAUUUUGUAGUUUCAUUCUCACCAUGUGUCACCUUGUCAGCUUUAGAACGCAUCACCAUUUUGUUAC